AGUCAUCAUCACACGUUUUGCAUGUGAACAGUAAAAACACGACGAUAUGUCCUUCGGCAAAUGAUGCCAUAUCUUUUUUUCUAAUCAGUAUUAAUUGUAUAUAUUUAAUGUAUAUACGUCUUCAAUAGUCUACGAAUAGAGCUGGUUAUUGUAGGAAUAAUUUGAGACCAUUUUAUUGGAGAUAAAACGGACUGGAUUAUCAGGACCAAAAGGUCGAGAUAGAGAGGCCGGCAGAUCGUUCGACGGCGGGGCCACGGACGGCUUGGUGUGGUGCUGACGUAUUGGGGGUGUGUGCGAGGUGUGUCCAACCCGCCCGGCCCAUUGAAUCUGGAGUUGCCCGACGCGUCAGUUUGUUUUGGGUUAGCCGUCCGGCCGGACCGUCUGUUGACAUAGCUCUCGUUUGUUGAUGAAACCAUAGAGCACGGGAACUUGAUAAGGGAUAUUUGUGUCUUCACUAGAACAGGAUGGCAAGCUCGAAUACAUUGCGUAGGUUCAUCUGCUCAGCACCAACCGUCAGGAAUGUGCUGAGAAGAUCCUACGUCCAGCAGGCACCAAAGCAUGAUGGCACCAAGACUGUAUCCUGGACAGGCCAGGAGUCUCUAGCCCAGAUUGACCCUGAAAUACUCUCGCUCAUUCGAGAUGAGAAGCAGCGACAGAUUAGAGGACUUGAACUCAUUGCUUCAGAGAACUUUUGUACCCAAGCUUGCCUGCAAGUACUCAGCUCUUGCCUCCAUAACAAAUACUCAGAGGGACUACCUGGACAGAGAUAUUAUGGAGGAAAUGAAGUCAUCGAUAAAGUUGAGGUUCUUUGCCAGAACAGAGCCCUCGAGGCCUUUGAUCUGGACCCAGUGAAAUGGGGCGUCAAUGUCCAACCCUAUUCGGGAUCGCCGGCAAACUUGGCCGUUUACACGGCUCUUCUCUCACCGCAUGAUCGCAUCAUGGGUCAAGACCUUCCACACGGCGGACAUUUAACUCAUGGUUUCAUGACAGACACAAGGAGAGUCUCGGCUACUUCAAUCUUCUUCGAGUCCAUGCCAUACCGUCUCGAUAUUAGUACUGGUUUAAUCGACUACGAUAAAUUAGCAGAGUCUGCGAAGCUCUUCAGGCCGCGCCUCAUCAUCUCGGGCUACAGUGCGUACUCCAGGAAACUGGACUAUCGACGCUUCAGAGAGAUCUCGGACGAUGUCAACGCCAUACUGAUGUCAGACAUGGCACACAUCAGCGGCCUUGUAGCAGCCAAAGUACUUCCCUCACCGUUUGACUAUGCAGACAUUGUUACCACCACCACUCACAAGACCUUAAGAGGAGCAAGAGCGGGUCUGAUCUUCUUUCGACGAGGGAAGAAGGGAGUGAGUAAGAAAACAGGGAAGGACCUCAUGUUUGAUUAUGAGAGGAAGAUUAAUAAUGCUGUCUUUCCAGCGCUGCAAGGAGGUCCGCAUAAUAACUCCAUCGGGGCUGUAGCUGUGGCACUGAAACAAUCUAUGUCACCAGAAUUCAAAGAGUACCAACGACAGACGGUUCGUAACUCCCAGGCGAUGGCACAGGGGAUGGUAGCGAGAGGAUACUCUCUUGUUUCAGGAGGUACCGACAAUCACCUGGUCUUAGUUGAUCUUCAAUCCAAGGGUGUGGACGGAGCUCAGGCAGAACACAUCUUAGAACUUUGUGCCAUCUCUGUCAACAAGAACACAUGCCCCGGAGACAGGAGCGCUCUUCAUCCCAGCGGUCUCAGACUUGGCUCACCAGCGCUGACCUCAAGAAACUUCAAAGAAGCCGACUUUCUCCAAGUGGUGGAUUACAUCGAUCGCAGCAUCGCCAUCGGUCAAGAUGUCAAGAAGAUUACUGGUUCAGACAACAAAGCUUUCUUUCACAUCUUGGAAACAAACCCAGAGAUUCAACAGAAGGUUGCUAAGCUGAAGAAUGAAGUGGAGUGCUUCGCUGCCGACUUUCCGAUGCCAGGCUUUGACAAUUUCUGAACCCUCCUCCCUCCCCACCCCUUUCCCUCUCUCAGCCUUGUUCAUGGUGCAUCCUAAGAAAAGUAUUAUAAAAUUAGUUAUAUAUUUUCUUCUAUCUUAAUUGAUAAUUGACACCAAAGUUGUGUUUUUGUGGAGCUGUGUUACCUAUUGCGAAUGUUUAAAAAGAAUAGUUACUGGUCUGAUGUUUUGACCCUUGCAAAGUCCUUCUCAAAAACUAAAGCCUGGUUCAUACUUCCUGCGAAUGAGAAUGCGAAGCGAAUUUUGGUGACCCAACAAUCGAUACGCAGUCCCUUUCCCUUUGUGACGCAAUGAUGUUCGCAUCGCACGAAGCAUUCGCAGGAAGUAUGAACCGGGCUUAAAUGGUUGUGUUGUCAUGUAGCCUUUGAAAAAGAGUCUGCUGGGGUCGAAACAUCAGGCAAUUAACUAUUUGUCGCAUUUAUACCAUAGGCCCUUUUGGUCAGUCAACAAGUUUGCAACAGCUAUUUUCUAAUAUGAUUAUAAAACACUUUAAAUACUUUUGAAGAGUGGUCUGUUUGCCAAAGGCCUCUGUAAGUACGUUGAGGACCCAGUAAAACUUUGGUCCGAUCAAGUUUGACAGAUAUAGUUUGUCCAGUUUGCUUUAAAAUCCAGUGUAUCAAUUUUUUGCAUUCUUUAAAAAAAUUGUUAGUGUACUCGUGAAGACCAAUUAGUUCCGUUUCUAAAAGAGCCAAAGUUUGUUUUGACGAAUAAGUUAUUAAGUAAUUUUGCUGCAAGUAAGUGUGCUCAAGCUGUACUAAAGAAAGAAGCGAUGCUCAAUGAUAAAUUUAUAACUUCUUUGUUAUUAUAAGAACUCAGCAUUUUAAAUUGCUCAAAAUAAUGUUAUUACAAGUAUUCCAUUGUACUCAACAUUUAUGUAUGUUAUUACAUAUGCAGGAGCGAGACUUAUUGCUAAUAAAAAAGUCUGAAAUAUUGAUCCAUAUUUUAAGAGGUAUGUCUUGAAAUGAUGGCAUUUCCAGCUUUUGGUAACCCCUGGAGUUAUAGUUUCCAAAGAGCUUCUGGAAACAGUAUCCUCAUUACUAGAGAAGUGUAGAUCGCAAAGAGCAGGAUUUCUUUAUAUCUAUAAGAAAAUCUAUCUGAAGAAAAUAAGAGCAAUUGUUUUGCCCACAGGAACACAUAAAGUCUGUUAACACUUGAUAAAAGAAAGUCCAGUGUGUGACUCUUGACAGCAUUCAAACAAGAAAUUACAUUUAAGAAGACAGUUGGUGUAGGGUAUUUAAUAUCUUCAUUCAUUGAACACUAAAAAAAAAACAAUUCAUUUGCGGACAAAGUGGAAAUAAUGAUAAAGUUCAGAGCAAUACGGAUUAUUCAUCUUUUUACGGUCAAACCAUUUGUGUUACGUUUUUUAUUUGACCAUUUAUUUCUGGUUUCUUAGACUGAAAGUCAUAACUGAAACGUAGUUAUAAAAACAAGAAAUUAACUGCACUAUUGAAUGUUAAAGUGGUUGAAUUUUCAUCAUCCUUUUAUUAAAGUAUUUUUGAAAGCAAUAUAAUUACAUCCAGUAGUUUUGAAAAAUAAGCUCAAACCUUUUUUAUUACUAUUUCAAGUUAAAUAAUUUAUUCUAACAGUGCUAGAAUACCUUUAUUUUGAAAUGUUUAAACUGUGGUCCCCCAUUUAAUGGUUUGUUAUUUGAGCUUAAAUUAUAUUUAAAAAGUUAAUUUAAUGAGAACGUUAUUUUCAUUUUGGUGUUGCAGUACUGAGAUGAGCAAAUCUGUAAGAGUUAUAACUUUAUUUUAUCUUAAAAUAAAAAAGUUGAAAUAAUUUUAGUAUGUUAUCAAAGCAAACCAAAUCUCUCUUGUUAAUAGCCAUAGAAAGUGCUAUAAUUACACAAACUGGUGUGCCACCGUUUUGCAGUAUAAUACUGUUUACAAUGCACUGUCUGCACUCAUUCCGAAAACCACAUUCCGAGGUCAAAUGUCACAAAUCUGCUAAGCAGAAAUGCUUAAUAAAUUCGCUUACUGAGCAGAAAUAGCAGGAAACCAGCCCCCCCAAAAACACUGUACAUCAUAUUGCAACUUGGCUGGUUAUCUGUUCCUGCUCAGGAAACUCUGAGCUAAGCAAUUUUUUCUAUGCAUGAGUAGUCAUAGAUCAAGUGGGUGUGACACCAAUGUGCACCCAGCAUGAAAAAAGCAAUCUUUUUUGUUUCUUUUCACGCUUGAUACACUGGGCCACAGAAACACCUAAAGGUUGGUGCACAAAAGGGGCUUUGAAACUACCCAAGCGUGGAGUCUGCAUGCUUUUCAUUAGACUGGAAUCCUUUCUUAAUAGAUUGGUAAUUAAUGGUUUUAUCGGAUUAGACAGUCACAUGUGCAAUGAUUACCAGACUCAUAGAAUGACAGGUCAAAGGUAAAAGUGACAAGAAACUGCAUGCCAGGUUCUAGUAAGGCCAGUAUAUGGCUUUAUUCACAAGCCUCUGAACUGUGACAUUACUGUGAACUCCCAAAAUGGUGGAUAGGGUCACGGAGUGACCCAGUUGCAAGGGGCAUUCUCAAAAAACAAAAGCAUUGUGUUAAAAAAGAACUGCCAAGCUGACUACACAGAAACUGUAUGUUGAGGUGUCGAUAUGUGAAUUGCCAACUUGUACAAAAAAAAAAGAGAGUUAAAGUUACGCAUCUCACACAAUUUAUGUGGAUUAGUUGUUAAAUUAUUCAUAACAAUACAAAAAGUAUAAUCUAUGAUUUGUUUAUUUGUUUGCUGCAGAUGUUAGUGCUCCUGAAAUAAACCAAAUCCCAGUUGA